UUUCACAUCUUGUUUCUCGACUUUGGCCAUGGCGUCACAAAGCUCCGGCUGGUCAUGGAAGAAGUAUGAGCGACCUGUGUUGAUGCAGGAUGAAAUCGAAGAAAUCAAGGCAGCCUUCGAUUUGUUUGACGUCGAUGGCACUCAGCGAAUCCAUCCUCGUGAUCUGCGCAUGUGCAUACAAUCCCUCAACCUGCGACGAAAUCAGGUGGUGCGGCACAUCCUUAAUGAUUUGGAGCGCUUCGGGGCCAAGCCUAUCGACUUCAAGGCCUUUCUAGACAUAAUGACUGCAAAGAUGGGAGAGCGAGACACCAAAGAGGACGUGUCCAAAGUCUUCCGUUUGUUUGACGACGAUCGGACUGGCUCCAUCAGCCUCAAGAACUUGCAACGGGUGGCCAGGGAACUGGGGGAGCAACUACCUGUGGAGGCCUUGGAGGAGAUGAUUGCGCGAGCCGAUUCCGAUGCAGAUGGCAAGGUCACAGAGGAUGAUUUCUACGUUCUGAUGACUGAGAAGACCUUUCCCUACUGAGCCCAGGAGUGACCUUGGGAUCUUUGCUUCCCGAUCGAAUUAGAAUGCUCUUGCUGGGAGGCACGACCACUGUGCACCACUCUGCUAAAGUUGCAGCAAAAUGGACACUGUGAUAUGCUGUGGCAGUUUGAA